AUCCAAAGAGUGAUUCUGACCCUGUGUAAAUCUCUUCAAACGGCAUUUAACGUGUUUGGGCUAUGUCGACUAUAUCCUAGGCAACCCUCCUUUGAGCCGGAUAGACUGAUCUCAUCUUCACUACUAUCUAAUUCUUGUCUGACAAUCGCCAAUGUGCAUGAUGCCCAGAUGCCUGAACAAUCUCCCAAACCACCUUAUCUAUUCCCUAACAUGACCAUCUACUGUCUCAUGACAUGGAUGAACUCCAGCAGCCAUCAAAAAUCGGAAACUGAGGUAGCAUGCCUUGUUAAAGACGUAAUUCAGGCCGAGGACUUCAAUCCUAGCGACCUGGAUGGUUUUUCGGUGAAGAGGAGUUUACAUUCAUUGGAUGGCAGAGGAAAGGUCACUGCUACGUUUCUGGACAACUGGUUAGAGACAGAUAUCAUCCUUGACAUACCCACCAAGUUGAAAGACGACCCAUCCACAUCAUUUAGCAUUCCAGGCUUUCAUUAUCGACCACUUAUAGGCGUGAUCCACUCUGUGUUCACUGACAUCCAAGCCAGCGCAUUUCAUUUGUGUCCUUUCAAGUGCCUAUGGAAGGACCCAUUAGACAAUCAUCAAGAACAUGUGUUUGAUGAACUUUAUACCUCUGACUCGUGGCUUGAUGCUCAGGAUGACCUACAGAGACAACCAAGAGAACCUGGUUGCUCACUCGAACGUGUCAUUGCUGGACUGAUGUUUUUUUCCAAUGCGACUCAUCUUGCAAAUUUUGGAACUGCCAAGGCCUGGCCCCUCUAUCUCUACUUCGGAAAUUUGACCAAGUAUGCACGCUCGGCACCCAAAUCUGGUGCAUGCCAUCUUGUCGGAUUUUUUCCUUCGGUAGGUUUA